CACACGUGUAACUGGAAGCCAUUUUGAACUGAGCAAGCGAUCGUAUUGUUAGUGUGCUGACAAAAAACUUCAGAUAAAGUGAAAAAAUAUUUGAAAAUAUGGCUGACGGUGGACAUAAAAAUCCAGAUGAUUUGGCUACUGCCAUCCUCAAACAGAAGUCCAGGCCCAAUAGACUGGUUGUAGAAGAAGCUGUCAAUGAAGAUAACUCUGUUGUGUCUAUGUCACAGUCCAAAAUGGAUGAAUUACAGUUGUUUCGUGGUGACACUGUCUUGCUCAAAGGAAAGAAGCGACGUGAUACAGUCUGUAUUGUGUUAUCUGAUGACAGUGUUGCUAAUGAUAAGAUUAGAAUAAAUCGAGUUGUCCGAAAUAACUUGCGUGUUCGUCUUGGUGAUAUUGUCAGUGUGACUGCCUGCCCAGAUGUCAAAUAUGGUAAAAGAAUACAUGUGUUACCAAUUGAUGAUACAGUGGAUGGACUUACAGGUAAUCUGUUUGAAGUGUAUUUGAAGCCAUACUUUUUGGAAGCCUACAGACCUGUUCGAAAGGGCGACAUAUUCCAGGUGCGAGGUGGUAUGAGAGCAGUUGAAUUCAAAGUUGUAGAGACGGAUCCAUCACCGUAUUGUAUCGUUGCCCCUGAUACCGUUAUCCACUGUGAAGGAGAACCAAUCAAAAGAGAGGAAGAAGAAGAAUCACUGAAUGAAGUUGGAUAUGAUGAUAUUGGAGGCUGUCGUAAACAGUUGGCUCAAAUCAAAGAAAUGGUGGAACUUCCUCUCAGGCACCCUGCACUUUUCAGAGCCAUUGGUGUCAAGCCUCCUCGAGGUAUUUUAUUGUAUGGUCCACCUGGUACUGGUAAGACGUUGAUAGCCAGAGCAGUUGCUAAUGAAACCGGCGCUUUCUUCUUUCUUAUCAACGGUCCUGAGAUUAUGAGUAAACUUGCUGGCGAGUCAGAAUCAAAUUUGCGUAAAGCAUUUGAAGAAGCAGAGAAGAAUUCCCCAGCCAUUAUAUUUAUUGAUGAAUUAGAUGCUAUAGCACCAAAAAGAGAAAAGACACACGGUGAAGUGGAGCGUCGUAUCGUAUCACAGCUACUAACCCUGAUGGAUGGUUUAAAACAGAGAUCUCAUGUUAUUGUCAUGGCAGCCACAAACAGACCAAACAGUAUUGAUACUGCACUCAGGAGAUUUGGUCGUUUUGAUAGGGAAGUAGAUAUUGGUAUUCCCGAUGCUACAGGACGUUUGGAAAUUCUGCGUAUACAUACCAAAAAUAUGAAAUUGGGAGAUGAUGUUGAUUUGGAACAGGUUGGAAAUGAGACUCAUGGACAUGUUGGUGCUGAUUUAGCUGCUCUGUGUUCAGAAGCUGCUCUACAACAGAUUCGUGAAAAGAUGGAUUUGAUUGAUUUAGAAGAUGAAACAAUAGAUGCUGAAGUCAUGGAUUCAUUAGCUGUUACUAUGGACAACUUUAGGUUUGCUUUAUCUAAGAGCAGUCCAAGUGCUCUUCGUGAAACUGUUGUUGAAGUCCCAAAUGUGUCAUGGGAAGACAUUGGUGGUUUGGACAAUGUGAAAAGAGAACUCCAAGAAUUAGUACAGUAUCCAGUAGAGCAUCCAGAUAAAUACUUGAAAUUUGGCAUGACUCCAAGCAGAGGUGUGCUGUUCUAUGGUCCUCCAGGAUGUGGUAAAACUUUAUUAGCUAAAGCUAUUGCCAAUGAAUGUCAAGCCAACUUUAUUUCCAUCAAGGGACCUGAACUUCUCACUAUGUGGUUUGGUGAAUCAGAAGCUAAUGUCAGAGAUGUGUUUGAUAAGGCUCGACAAGCAGCACCUUGUGUACUAUUCUUUGAUGAAUUGGAUUCAAUUGCUAAAUCACGUGGAGGUAAUGUCGGAGAUGGUGGUGGUGCAUCUGAUCGUGUUAUCAACCAAAUACUGACAGAAAUGGAUGGUAUGAGUAAUAAGAAAAAUGUGUUCAUUAUUGGAGCCACUAACCGACCUGAUAUUAUUGAUCCUGCUAUUUUACGUCCUGGUCGUCUUGAUCAACUUAUUUACAUCCCACUACCAGACGAGAAGUCACGAGAAUCUAUCCUGAAAGCCAACCUGAGGAAAUCCCCUGUCGCCAAGGAUGUAGACAUUAUAUACCUGGCUAAAGUGGCUCAUGGUUUUAGUGGUGCUGAUUUGACAGAAAUCUGUCAGCGGGCCUGUAAAUUGGCAAUUCGUGAAAACAUUGAACAUGAAAUUCGUCGAGAGAGGGAGAGAGCACAAAAUCCGGAUCUUGAUAUGGAAGUUGAAGAGGAAGACCCUGUAUCAGAAAUCAGACGUGAUCAUUUUGAAGAGGCUAUGAAGUAUGCCAGGCGAUCAGUCACUGAUAACGAUAUCAGAAAAUAUGAAAUGUUUGCACAGACACUACAACAGAGCCGAGGACUCGGUGGUGGUUUCAGGUUCCCAGACUCUCAACAAAGUGGCCAAGGAGGUGGACAGGGUGGAUCAGCUGGUGGCAAUGACCCUAAUCUCUAUGCGGAUAAUGGUGAUGAUGACUUGUACAAUUAAAAACAAAUUUUUGCUGUACCUUCUCUCUAAAUUAUUGUUAUAUCAGACCCAGGUAUAAAUUGUUUAUGUUUCACUUGACAGCUUGAAAACAAUUUUAUAAACCUCACUGUUAUGGGCUUCUUCCAGCCACUUGUGUAAAAACAAUGCCUUGCAUUCAAAUUAAUUCCUCACAUGAAAUGCCCCUCCCCCUCCAGUCAGUGGUUGCAAAUCUACAUGCAAGUUCCCAAACGAGAGGCACUUGAAAUCAUUGAUUUAAACCAAACCAAUACACACAUUUACUGUUUUCGUUAUUUUUUUUUAAAAGUUCUUGCUUUUGUUUAAAGACAAUUCUUGCUAAGUCAAUGGAUCAUUAAAUAUAUUUUUGCAAAUUUCCUGCAGAUGUUUUGUAGUUUAGAUUUAACUAAAAGGGUAAGUUAUAAGCACAGUGGUUAAAGAUACAAAUUGACAUGUGUGUGCAUUGUUGUCUUGGUAAUCUUCUUAAGCAGCUGUCAAUUUGUGAUACCGGUAACAAGUACUGAAGUUUCCUGUGUCAUUUGAUAAAUACUUGUUUGUUUCCUGUACUUGUGAUUAUUUUUAUAGAUCGCUUGUUCAGUUCAACAGUAUGGAAUUCCCCAAGAUUAUUUAAUGAAAUGUCAUAAAAUUUUAAUGUUUCCACAGGUUUUCUUCUGUAAAAAAAUGUCUUAGUGUUUUGUUCAACCAAAGUAUGAAAAUUAAAUUUCAAAAAGUGAUUGAAUAAAAAUGAAAAACAAAUAUUUGGGAUGUUUAUCAAAACUGGGUGUACAUUUGGAAGUAGCAUUUUUUUCAUGUUAUUGAGAAGAUUUUGUCGAUUGAAACAAUAUUAAAAUUGACUUUGUAGCAAUGUCGGCUUGUAUUGUCCUUUUCUAUAAAAGUCAUCUUAAUUAACUAAUUAUAUUAAAGAUCUUAAAGUUUCUGUAAAUUAUUUGAUUUUGUAGGAAUGAUUAGAAUUUCUAGUUUUUACAGACAUUGUAUUGAAGUCUGGCAACAUUUCAAUUCGUGACAUUAGUUUCACAAUAAAGAAAAUCCCUUCCAGAUGAC